CUGUCAAAAAUGCGAUAAAAAGCUGUGUCAAAUCGUGCACAAUAUUGUCCAAACAACUGUGUGAAGUUGCUCAAGACGCCUCACUUUAAAGGUCUUUUGGUGUGUAAAAAGGAGUGAAUCCUUGUGAUUGAAGUGUCUCUGGACAUUGUCUCCUGGAUCAGUCUUUUGAGAAUUCUUGGGAAUUUCUGAGGAUCUUUGAGGGCCAGAAGAAGAAGAGAGUCCUCUCCCUGAAGGAUAUAUAUAUAUAGAUAUAUACAUAGAAUUCUAUAUUGAGAGAGAGAGAAAAGGAAGGAGGACACAGAAGGAAGAUAUUUUCUUUUUUGCUUUUUUUUGGUUCCUUCGGGCAUUAUAUUGUUUUGUUUGUUUUUGGUAAAAGAACCUUCCUGGGGACUUAAGUGAGAAUCCAUAUGGUGAUCCUGUGAGGCUGCUUUUUUUGACCAUAAAGGGAGUCCUUGUCGUUUUUUGUUACCAGAAAGAUAAAGGAGGAGCCCAAGGAUGAGUGGUAGUAGUCAGCAAUUCUGUAUCCGAUGGAAUAGUCAUUUGGGUAGCCUUGGAGCGGCAUUUCCGCAAAUGUUGGCCGGACAGCGUUUUGUUGAUGUUACUUUGGCAUGUGAAGGGCAUCAGGUGCACUGUCAUCGUCUGGUCCUAGCUGCCUGUUCUAGCUACUUUGAGGCCCUUUUGGGUGAAAAUCCCUGCAAACAUCCAAUAAUUAUCCUGCCGCGUGACAUAAAAUUGUGGGAAAUUCAAGCAUUGGUGGAUUUUAUGUACAAGGGCGAAGUAAAUGUUAGUCAGGCUGGAUUGGGAGAUCUCAUUAAAUGUGCCGAAAUGCUACAAAUCCGAGGACUGUGUGGUGCAGAUGCAGCAUUAAAUCUCAAUACAAUAGCCACAGAACACAAGGACAAUGCCAAACGGAAUGAUGCAAAAGAUCCAGAUGGAAAUGAUGCCCCAAAGACACAAACAACAGCAUCAACCAAUGACUCAAUCCAAAUGAAAAUUGAUCCAGAUUCAAGGGAAAAUACACCAGAAACAACAAGACUUACAACGGAUUCAGAUUUACCACAAACACAAGAUGUCACAGUUAAUAAAAAUAAAUCAGACAAUCAUCAGUCAGCUGAGGCGCCAUCUUGUGGCACAAUACGUGUGAUAUCGAAUGAGAAUCUAUUUGAAAAUUACAAUCAACUUGUCAAUGUUGUGGAGGAGGAGGAUGAGGGCGAGGGAGGUGGUGGUGAUGGUGGUGGUAGUUGUUGUCGUAAUGAUGAUCAUGAUGAUGAUGAUGAUAAUGGUGGUAGUUUGAUGACAAAAUUAGAAAUAGAUGAUGAUGAUAAUAGUGAUGAUAUUAUGAUGCAACACCUAAUUCCGCCAUCUUUGAAGUACGAUCGAAAAAGUAUGUCAAUAAGUGUACGAUCGGGCAGGGCGUCAUCUGUUGAGAGUUGCGAAAAUAUUAUAUGUUCACCAAAUUUGGAUGAUAGCAAUGAAGAUGGCAGCAAUACUGCAUCAAUUGCCAUCUGUCAGCCACAGCAUCAACGCCAACGACAGCAACAGCAACAAAAUGGCGGUGAUGAUGGUGAUGCAUCAUCAUCAAUGGACGAUGAUAUGGAUUUACCACCAUUGAUACCAUUUACAAAGAAUCAAAUAAAAGAUGAACAAUUGAUAGUGCCACCACCAAAAGCAUUUGUCCUAAGAAAUCCACGUGGUAAUCAACCGAGAUCGUACAAUAUUGAUGCCCUGUGGGCAGCACUGAUGAAUGUCAAAGCUGGCGAAUCAAUCUACAGGGCAUCACAGAUACACAAAGUACCGAGAAAAACACUUAGAAAUUGGAUGAAACGUUGGGACAUUAAGUCAUCCUUUCCAAUGCCACGUCAAUUGCGUCAGGCGGCCGAGAAGAAGCGACUGAGCAAGAUGGAUGGAUUGUGAGCACACAAACAAAGAUGGCGGAUGAAGUUUUGAGAAAAAAAAUCCAGCUGACACUCCAUUUGAACUGACAUAAACGUCAAAAAUGUGAAGAAAAAAUUACCAAACUGUUAAAAUGAAGAGAAAACUCUCCCUAUAGCCCAAUGACAGUGGCGAUUCCACUGGAUUUCCCGCAGACCUUUCUGCCAUGUCCACGGAUUUUACCGUUAAAAAUCCGUGUGGAUUUCUGAGGAAGAAUUUGACGGAGAAAAUAUUCCAUGAAAGUUAAGAAAUGUCCGCGAGUUUCCAUAGAACCUUCCCACGAAUAUUUCCACAGAAAUCUACAGAGAAUUUCAUGAGCUUUCCAAAACCGUAAACGUUACUAAAAUCGGUUUUAAAUUGGAUUUUUUUUGGUGAAUUUUUGAAUAAAAGAAAGAUACUCUCUA